UCCAUUUCCAAGCCCUGAUAACAGAUAGGAGUAGCUACCAGUGAAUGUACCUAGGUACCUUCCAUUGCAGUUUCAAGGUUAUCAUAGCACCAGCCCGACCGCUUGCUUUAAAGUACAGAGGUAGGCACGGUACUUAAUUCCCCCCAUUCACAACUCCACCACUUAGGUAUAUUCGAUCGCCUGCAUCUCUGCAUCUACAAGACAAACCCAAAAUCUUUCCAGACAACCGAAACCGUGACAACGAGGAAGCCCUGAGAGGAUCUCGUUGAACUUCCGCCGACCUUCAGUCAUUGUGACAACAGCGCCGCCCUCAACCUUUGUGGUUGCCUUGCAUACAAACCUUACGCCGCCUACCAUCUAACACCGUUUUCUCUUCUGUCACGCCUCUACGAAUUUCAUAAGACUACAUCUCAACUACAAACCUCAUCGCCCAACAUGGCCAACGACGAAUACGAUUUUCUCUUCAAAGUGGUGUUGAUUGGAGACUCGGGCGUUGGAAAGUCCAACCUUCUCAGUCGAUUCACCCGGAACGAGUUCAACCUAGACUCUAAGUCGACGAUUGGUGUCGAAUUCGCGACCAGGUCCAUCCAGGUCGAUUCCAAGACCAUCAAAGCGCAAAUUUGGGAUACUGCAGGUCAGGAAAGAUAUCGCGCCAUCACCUCUGCGUACUACCGAGGGGCUGUCGGUGCGCUACUCGUCUACGACAUCAGUAAACACCAGACCUACGAGAACGUCACAAGAUGGCUUAAGGAGCUCCGGGACCACGCCGAUGCCAACAUCGUCAUUAUGUUGGUCGGAAACAAGAGCGAUUUACGGCAUCUGCGAGCUGUUCCCACAGAGGAGGCCAAAUCCUUUGCGAGCGAAAACCACCUCUCUUUCAUAGAAACUUCAGCUCUCGAUGCCAGCAACGUCGAGCUUGCCUUCCAGAAUAUCCUUACCGAAAUCUACCGCAUCGUUUCGAGCAAGGCCCUAGAUAGCGGCGAGGGUUCCCAAGCCCCAAUGGCAGGCACCAACAUUUCGUUGAGCAAGUCCCCCGACGAUGCCGCGAAGCAGGGUGGAAAGUGCUGUUAGUUCAACGCAUGCGUUGCGGGAUGAUGAGACGGUUAUACGGCUGGUAUGAUGUUACGUAUAUGGCGUCACAUAAUGUCCGGAACGAACACUCUGCGGAAGAGUGAUGCGUCAUGGGGUUCGGAAUAUUGACCUUGCACGGGACAUGGCUCUCUUCCUUUUUAUUUCUCUGCGUUUCAUUGAUGUUUGUGGCCUUUCUCUGAAAUCUGACAGCUGGAGGCUACUGGCAUAUCUAAUCUAACAACACCCGACGUAGUUGCUGAAUGCUAUCUUUUUUUUGCCUGCA